AUGAAGAUGUUAGCUUUGAGUUGGGAGAAGCUGAAUCCGGGCGCGGCGGCCCUGGCCGGGGGGGUUGCCUCCAAGCAUGGGGCGCUGGCUGAGGACCAGUGGGAGAUCAUGAAGCUUUCAGGCUCCUCUGCAUCAAAGAGCUCCUCUGCGCCCUCGCCGAUCCUGCUCCGCCCGCUUUGGAGCAACGGUACCCUAGCAGCUGCACCCACCGGGGCCUUUGCGCAUGUGGACAGCGCAAUGGACGAGCAGGUUUUCCAGGACCUGGACGUGGGAGGCUUCCGCUUCCCCGGCUGCAAGGUGGUUGGCAAUCGGCGCCUCGGUGUCCACGGCCGCAGCCACUGCAGAUACUACGGCCUGCAGGUCUGUGCCGCUGUCCUGUAUCUGCCUGAAGGUGCUGAACAAGCCCUUACAGGAAAAGACGUCAUGGAUUCCAACGUCCUGAAGACGCUGGAGUUGCGCUACUGCAGACACUUUCCCGGAGACCAGUUUCGUUUUGUGACUCGCUGGGCUUUGUCCAGAAACGGUUUCUUGCCGGACGAGGCGGUCGAGGCCGGCCUCAAGCACUUCAACCCCUUGUACAGAGAUGUUCAGCCCGGGGACUGCUAUACACUCACCUAUGAUCCGCACACCCCGGCUGGCCGGGUAACCUUGCAACUCAACGGCGUGGAGCUUGGCAGCGUUGAGGGGCGCCGUUUCUCGGAGGCCUUGUUUUCCGUGUGGUUUGGCCAGCGGCCAUUCAUGGAUCAUCUGAAGCAGGAAUUGCUUCAGCGCCAAUGA